UCAAUCUUCACAAUCUUCACAACCCAUUAUUGUACCUUCGUCUGAUCAACCUUCGCAACCUAUCAUUGUACCUUCGUCUAGUCAAUCUUCACAUCUCAUCAUUGCACCUUCAUCUAGCCAGUCUUCACAACUUAUCAUGUUAAUCUCACAAUCGACUCCUAAACCAAAUCCUCAUUAUACUCGCACAAAUUUCACCCAAUUAGUAACAGAAAAUGAAACACUUAAAAAUGAGAUUGAAUUACUAAAAGCUCAAUUUACAGCAACCAAAGAAGAAUUAGAAACCUAUAAAAGCCCUGGAACAACUGAAACUUUGGAUAUUCCUUCAGGAAUUCGACAAGAACUUGACCCCUCUCCUAAAAAAAGAAAGACACUUCCAUUUGCACAACUUCUCACCAAUAAUGAAAGUUGGCAAAAGUUGAAAGAGCCGAAUAAAGAAGCUGAAAAAAAACUUGAGGAAGCUAAACAGAAAAAAGAAUUAGCGGCCCAGAAAAAGAUCGAACAGCAGUGUAAUUUGGAGCAAAAAAAGGAAGAGCAUGAACGAAAAAAGCGAGAAAGAGAAGAGCAUCAAUCUAAAACACAAAAAA